GCAAAAGGAGAAGUAGUACUGAUUGUCUUCUGGUAAAACAGGUUUAUACAGCUAAUAUAACAAUGGAUUCUGUGCUGACUUUAUCAACAGAAGAACCAGUUAAGAAUACAGCUAAAAAAUAUAAAAUUCUUUGUAUUGUCCUUCUCGCUUUGUUGGUGAUUGUGACUCUUGGAUUAGGUCUGGGGCUUGGACUCAGGCAACCAGAAAAACAAGGAGGAAACUCCUGGGUUAAAGAGGAGUGUGGCACAGUCCAGCAGCCUCAGUGUCCUGAAGGAUUUGACCUGCCACCAGUUAUUUUAUUUUCCAUGGAUGGAUUCAGAGCUGAAUAUUUACAUACAUGGAGUGCUCUGUUGCCUAAUAUUAAUAAACUAAAAACAUGCGGAGUUUAUUCACAAUAUAUGAGAGCUGUUUAUCCAACCAAAACCUUUCCAAAUCAUUACACCAUUGUCACAGGUUUAUAUCCAGAAUCGCAUGGCAUCAUUGACAAUAACAUGUAUGAUGUAAAACUCAACAAGAAUUUCUCACUGUCUUCAGUGGAGAAAGACAAUCCAGCUUGGUGGCAUGGGCAACCAGUCUGGCUGACUGCAAUGUAUCAAGGUUUAAAAGCUGGCACUUAUUUUUGGCCAGGAUCAGAUGUGGCUAUAAAUGGUUCCUUUCCUUCCAGAUACAUGAAGUAUAACAGGAAUAUACCAUAUGAACAGAGGAUCCACACAUUGUUAAAAUGGCUGGACCUGCCCAAAGCUGAAAGACCCGACUUUUACACCUUAUAUGUGGAAGAACCUGACAGUGCAGGCCAUAAUAGCGGACCCGUCAGUGUUUCAGUACUUCAGGCCCUGCAGUUAGUAGAUAAUACUUUUGGAAUGUUGAUGGACGGUUUAAAGCAGAGGAAUUUACACAACUGUGUCAACAUAAUCCUUUUGGCAGAUCAUGGAAUGGAGCAGACUUAUUGUGACAAGAUGGAAUUUAUGACUGAUUAUUUUUCCCAAAUAAACUUCUACAUGUAUCAAGGGCCGGCUCCCCGCAUCAGGUCCCGUAAUAUACCUCAAGACUUUUAUAGCUUUAAUUCUGAAGAAAUUGUUAGGAACCUCAGUUGUCGGAAACCUGACCAGCAUUUCAAACCUUAUUUGACUCCUGAUUUGCCAAAGCGACUACACUAUGCAAAAAAUAUCAGAAUUGAUAAAGUUCAUCUUUUGGUUGAUCGACAGUGGCUGGCAGUGAGGAAUAGAGCAUAUUCUUCCUGUGGAGGUGGCAACCAUGGCUAUAACAAUGAAUUUAAGAGCAUGGAGGCUAUAUUUUUGGCACAUGGACCCAGCUUUAUAGAGAAGACUGAAACUGAGCCAUUUGAAAAUAUUGAAAUCUAUAACCUAUUAUGUGAUCUUCUACGCAUUCAACCAGCACCAAACAAUGGUACUCAUGGUAGUUUGAACCACCUUCUAAAGAACCCUUUCUAUAAGCCAGCACAUGCACAAGAAGUCUCAAAGUCCUCUGUUUGUGGUUUUACUGUUUCAUUGCCACCAGAUAAUCUAGGAUGUGUGUGUCAGGAAUUACAAAAUGAUACUGCUGUAGAACAUGUGAAUCAAAGGCUAAAUCUCACUUCAGAUCAAAUAAGUGCAACAGAGAAACUGAAUUUGCCCUUUGGAAGACCCAGGAUGAUGCAGAAAAACAAAGAACACUGUCUCCUCUAUCAUAGGGACUACAUCAGUGGAUUUGUGAAAGCUAUCAGCAUGCCCAUGUGGGUCUCAUAUACAGUCCUUAAACCACAGGGAGACACAUCACCUCUUCCUCCCACUGUCCCAGACUGUCUGCGGCCUGAUGUCAGAGUUGCUCCUUCUGAGAGCCAAAAUUGUUCUAUCUAUUUAGCAGACAAGAAUAUCACCCAUGGCUUCCUUCAUCCUCCUGCUAACAGUAGAACUUCAGCUAGUCAAUAUGAUGCUUUAAUUACAAGUAAUUUGGUACCAAUGUAUGAGGAAUUCAAAAAAAUGUGGGAUUACUUUCACAAUGUUUUUCUUGUGAAGCAUGCCACAGAAAGAAAUGGAGUAAAUGUGGUCAGUGGACCAAUAUUUGAUUAUAAUUAUGAUGGUCAUUUUGACUCUACAAAUGAAAUUACAGGAUAUGUAUUCAACACCACUGUUCCCAUCCCAACACACUACUUUGUGAUACUUACUAGCUGUAAAAAUAAGAGCCACACCCCUGAUGCCUGCCCUGGGGGCUUAGAUGUUCUGCCUUUUAUCAUCCCUCACCGACCUACCAAUGUGGAGAGUUGCCCUGAAUACAAAACAGAAAGUAUUUGGGUUGAGGAAAGAUUAAAAGCCCACACUGCUCGGGUUCGUGAUGUGGAACUUCUUACUGGACUUGACUUUUAUCAGGAAAAACCACAGCCUGUCUCUGAAAUUUUGCAGCUAAAGACAUAUUUACCCACCUUUGAAACUACUAUUUAAGUUGAUAUACAAAAUAAUUUUGGUAAAUAUGAAUGACUUUUUCUGUUGAAAAAUAAAGUUUUCUGUUUUUUUGUCCUUAAUUUCUCUAAA